CGCUGCAACGAGUAGGAGGGCGCAGGGCCUGCUGCGAAGCCUGGAGCGUGAGCCUACGUGAAGCGGGUCCCGGUGCAGAUCUUGGUGGUAGUAGCAAAUAUUCAAAUGAGAACUUUGAAGACCGAAGUGGAGAAGGGUUCCAUGUGAACAGCGCUUGGACAUGGGUCAGUCGGCCCUAAGAGAUGUGGAAACCUUGUAUCACGGGCGCACUGCGCGCCGCACAUCGAAAGGGGGUCGGGHUAAUAUUCCCGAACCGGGUUGUGGAGGUGGACGGCUACUGUCCUCUGUCUCCUGGGUUUCGCCUGCGUCGAGUGCUGUUGGUGGUGCCCGCGGCAACCGGCGGGUGUGGGCCCAGGGGGGAGAGGGGUUGUGUUCCUUUUGCGCCCCCGUGCACAGGUGGAGGCUUUCCGUCCGUCCGGGCGUGUUGGAAGCGUGGUGCAUUCAUUUCUCUCUUCACCCGCGUUUCUCGAUGGAGAGAUGAGGCUGUGCACUUCGCUGUCGGUACGUUUUGGGCAGGCGGUGGCAUCCGGCUGUGGGCCGAAGCUGUCGGUGGUUCCUUCGCGCGCGCCGUUGUUCGGGUAGUGUGGKUAACUUGCGAUCUCUGGGUGUGGUGUGGGCGGGUGCUGUUCGCAGCCAAUCUCUUGGGYGGGUGCGGCGGGCUGUGUUGGAUUGUGCGGUACCUUGCCGUUGGAGAUGGCCUACGCAGGGAAGUUCACCUGCAAUCCAAACAGCCGGACUUCGCGGCGUCUCGGCAGCUCAUUGCACUCUUGAGAGGCAACCUCUACAGCCGGCCGUGUGCAGGUUCCCUGGAAGGGGACGCCGAAGAGGGUGACAGCCCCGUCGACCGCCGGACCCUGCUGCGCAACGAGGUGUUGUCCAAGAGUCGGGUUGCUUGGGAAUGCAGCCCCAAUUGUGUGGGAAAGGGAAGAGCGAUUCCGCCGGCCUCAAAUCUCAGUGACUAUGAGGUCAUGCGACGGGUGCGCAAGGCGGCGUUGACUCAGGGUUUCAUGGAUGAUCCGACCGCUUACCCUAAACGGGUCAACGGAGAAUGUACAUUGUGGAUGGGCAAGAAAGUCGCUAAGGCACAGAUCACCUAUCUACGGGCACACGUCAUCCUGUUGUGUUUCGACGGUCCCGUAAAGGACUUCGCUCCAAAGACGAAGAUGACGUGGGUCAACGAGUGGGAAGCAAUGCGUUGGCCGGACAAGGGACAAGGCGGCCACUCAGGCCGGCUGACUAUUGAAGGCAAUUCAGCAGCAUUUUACUGGGCGCCGACGGCGGAGCUGAGAAACUGGCUAAUCUAUGAGAGGAAACGGGAGGCCAUCCUGGUGGGCGAACGAACGUAUUACAUCCGAUUUAAGCCAUGGAUGACCCCCAAGGAACUGGAGUGGACCAAGUUCCAGGAGAGGCGAGCCAAUCCAUGGGUUAAAUUUGUGCAGCCUUCCCCCAUGGUGGCCCUAUCCCUCAGGCAAGUUGCAGAGGCCUUCUUCGGAGCAGUCAAGAAUCCGCAAGGUAGGUGGGCAACGGAUGCAGAAGGGAAGGAAUUCGUCCGCUUUGAUCUAUACCCGCCAUUGAAGAGUCAAGCCCUGGAGCGCUUUGCGGUGGCACAGGCAUAUUAUGGGCGGACGGAGGUGCGGUGUGUCACAAGUGAAACGCCGUGGUGCGAACACUGCCAUCGACACGACCACUUGGACGGAGCCACCAGAUGCCUCACCUUGGCGGAGAUGAGAGAAGAGAUGGCCAGCCUAGAGGACCGACUCAGGAGAGAUCCGGGUCUACCGGAGGACGAGCACUCGGAGACUGCGGCUUGGGCACAUUACGAGCGAGAGUUCGACCAGAUCAUCUUCGCAGAGAUCCUUAUGGACGAUAGCUUGGGAGACGUUAAGGAAGUGGGCGAAACGGCCCUCCUUCCGGGGCACCAGGCCCCGCAGCUGCCAACUAGGGAAGCUCAGCCCUCCCACAAGGGCCCGACCGAUCGCCACUUGAACCGCGCUCAGCAGGAACACGUAAUGCAGGGAAGAGGCGAGACCCCGGCAGGGCGAACCUCCCAUCGCGGCAGCCAACACCAGGAGUGCGAAGAGGGUGCCCGAGGAGGUGCCCAAGGGUUGGAGGUUACUAGCUGCGCUCAAGGUCCGACCGCCCAGCAGGCGCCGCGAGAGGACACAAUUAAGGACAUCCCGAUGGAUGAGCGAUCGGCAGGUGGCGAAGGAAGGAUGGAAACGCCACUAGUCACGCAUCAAAGACCCCGGUCCCCAAAGGGGGGGGAGACGAUGGCGGUAGGGGCACAGGAGAAGAGGAACCCGUCGACGAUCGGUACAGAACAGCACCAGCCUGAGGCCACACAGGAGGCAGCGGCGGAGGUAGAACGGCGGGCCAUGGAAGUAGACUCGGAAGGUGUGCAACUAGUGGCCGAGCGACAGCAGGGAAGUGGGAGUAGGGUAGCGGCGGAGUUGCACGCUCAACACCAGCCACCGCCUGUGGCUGAACGCCAGCAGGAGAAUGGGAGUCGGAGAGGGAAGGAGAGUACCGGUCAACACCAGCAGUUGUCACCGGUGGAGGGGGAGCGAGGUGACAGGCCGGGGGAGCGAACGAAGGCGGGAGCCCUGGAAGCGCUGGUGAGAAAAGAGACCUCGGGUCAAAGGGGGACGACCGGCGGCUGGCGGCUGGAGUGCUCGAAAUGCCUGCUAGCCAGCCCCCAACGAGGCCGGACGGGAGAGGAGGAAGUUGGCAUCGACCGAGCGGGCGGGAGAGUCGGCAGUAGUAGGGACAAUAAUGAAACCAGCGAGAGAAAGGCAAGUACGGUGCGGCCGCCGGGCGCGACGAUGAAAGCUGGCAGGUUACUGGAGUGCUCGGGGUCGAUGUUGGAGGAUCCAUUGACAUGCGGCGAGGGCCGCCUGUGUGAGGGCAAUGAGGCGACAGACAGUAGCAAGCGGGGACACAGCCCCCCCCGGGACGAGCAGCGGGAGCAGAAAUCAGAGAUGCCCCGGCCGCAGCAGGACCAACCGCCACACGACCCACUCCUUCAAGGGCUGAACGACCUGCGCCUGGAACAGCCUCGAGCUACGCCCACGCAGCGACAGUCAGCGAGCCACGUCCUGAACCACGACCAGGUGGAGGCGGCCGCCAGGAAGGAAAUCGACUCGCUAUGGGAUGACUCCAUGCAGGAACCCCAACAGAGGGGCUUGGGCAGAAAACGAGGCAGAGCACGGCGAAAGAUGCGGAGAACGGCGACGUCUGACCAGGAAAUGAGUGCAUCUGAUGCGGAACUGCCCAAACAUCAGAAGCCUCUCCUCACCCCCUCGAGGACGCUCGGACAUGCGGAUCAAUCCGCCCUUCAAUGGCUGUCAGAUGGGACGGCGGCCCUGGCCAGACUGCUCAAGCAGGCAGUGAUCGCUUCUAAACGAGAACGGCGGCUGACGGCUGAAGCAUUCAUACAACGGGUGUUGGAACUGGGCGACGGCCCGGCGACCGAAGAAGGGGAGGAGGAGUGGUGGAUGCAAUGGGCGGCGCUGCAGGUGGAGUGGGAGGAAUGGCAGCUUAAGGAUGCUGAAGCUUGGGGAUUGCGCAGCAAAGCUCGGUGGACGGUGGCGGCAGGGCGUAUGACAAAGACUUGCUUUCAUCGACUCCAUACGCGACGACCGGGGUCCGUCAUGAUGACACUGCAGCAUCCAUUUCAACAGGACGGCCCGCUGGCUGACAGUACCCAGCACAUCUUGCAGUUCGCUCAGCAGUACUACUCCUACCUUUUCACUGAGGAACAACCAAGGACACCGGAGGAAAUUGCGGAAGAACCGGCCGCGGCCAUCUGGCAGAAGAUAACCUCUAAGCUGACCGACUCAGAGCGUAUUGACCUUGACAGGCCAAUUACUGAGCAGGAGAUCUGUGCAGCAUUGGCUGACAUGCCAGCCGGAAAAGCGCCAGGCCCAGAUGGAAUGCCGGUGGAACACCUGAAGUCCUGUCUGGACACUCUUCUUCCGCACCUCCUGGAGGGCUUCAACGAUGUGAGACUGGGCACUGGCCCUCUACCACAGGAUUUUGGCCUUGCGACGAUUAUCCUGAUCGUGUGGCAAGCUCCAUCUCAAGACCCGCCGCUGGCAUUUGUUUUGCUGGACUUCGAGAAAGCCUACGAUCGAGUUUCGUGGUCCUUCCUGCUUGAAGGCUUGAGGCAAAGGCGAUUCGGUCCGAAAUUUCUUUUAAUGGUGAAGUCCCUGCUAGCUUCGGCAGCGUUGUGCCUCUUGAUUAACGGUUAUCUAUCGGACCCGAUAGCUGUCACACGCUCGGUUCGUCAGGGUUGUCCGCUCUCCCCUGUGCUAUACGCACUGUAUAUAGAGCAUCUGCAUGACAUGCUCAGAGCAGAUGAGGCAUUGGCGGGACUGCAACUCCCGGGGGGCAGACAACUUAAAUCGUCAGCAUUCGCGGAUGACACCGGUGCGGUCACUUCCACUACUCAGGCCAGCGUCUGGGCGUUGCGGAACCAGGUGGGCAUUUUUGAGCAGUUUGCAGGGGCACGUAUGAACUGGCAUAAAUCUGUAGCGCUGGUUCCUGACCUCACCGCAGCCCCCCUGUUUGAAGGAAUCAGAGUUCAGCCGAUGACGGAAACAGCGGCCUACGUCGGUAUCGAGCUCCCGCAGGCCCUUACCAGCGGCUCCCAGAUGGAGCAGUUGAUGCGGAAAGCAGCCACGCGACUAGCACUCUGCGGAAAAACGUUGGACGCCGGGAUCUUUGGCCGAGUACUCCUCGCAAACACAAUGGCUUCGGCGAUGCUCUGGUACACAGCCCCGGUCUCAACUCCAGACCCGGUCCCUCAGCGGGAAUACCGCAUGGUGUUCUCCAAGUUUGUCUGGAAGAACGACCCGUUCGCUCCUCACGCAAUUCACCGGGUUUCCUGGCGCAAAUUGGUCCAACCUAAGGCGAGUGGGGGACUGGGCCUGAUUGACCCGGCCACACAGAUCCAGGCGCUGCAGAUAAGGACGGUUGUCUGGCUCCUCCUAGAGCAGGACGACGCUCCGUGGAAGAUCCUGACCCUGCAGACUAUGGCUGAAGCGGCCCGGCUGCAUCCGGCAGAUAUGGAACUGGCCCUUGUACAACCGGCCAUCCUCACGGACCUUAAGCGAGGUGCGCUGUGGUCCCCGUUUCUGAAGCCAUGGCAGACUCUGGCCCUGCUCGAGCUCAACUCUCCCAAGUCAGCAGAUCACAUCCUGCAGCAACGCUUGUUUGGGAACCCGCGGAUCCGGGACAGUAAUGGCGAGCAGUUUCCAUGGGCAGGCCCCAAAGGAGCCUUUGGCAAAGCCUGGCUUAAAGCGGGCGUGGCGCGUGUCGCCGACCUUUGGGACCUGCAAACUAACGAUUGGCAGCCGGAGGCGGCCCUGUUGAAACAGUUGGACAGCCAGACGCAUGAACAGGAAUGGCUGCUCCGGAUUAAGCAAGCGGUCCCGGAGGACUGGGUGGCUGCCCUUAGGACGGGGCAGAGGUUCGACGGCGAAUGGGUGGUGCUGAAGACUGAAGACCCCGUCCGCCUGCUGUUUCAGAUUACCGCACGGGUCAGGGAGUCCUCGUUGGUGGCUCAAGCUUGGGAGAACUCUCCCUCUGACUCGGAACUCGGCCCCCCCCUGGUUCGCUCCCCCGACAGGGAUGGAUACCGCGCACGCGCACUACCACUCGGGCGUAGGAACGGCCCCGAGAAAAGGGGGUCUCCCAGGAUCGAAGGUCCACAGGCGUCUUAUUGAGAGCGGAAAGGGAUGAGGUCCCGAGGGGGACAUCGGCAUUGGGGUCUGUCCAGUCAGCUUGCUGGAAAGGGACAUGUGCAGGUCCCUCGGCGGAUGGCUCAGUCAGCACCCUCCUGAUGUGCCAAACAGUCGGUGGUUGGCGGUUCGGAGUCCCGUUUGCACUCUUAUAGGGGACUGCGUGCUUAGCAGCCCCCUUGCAGUCGACGAAGGCGACGUUCCGGGCGUGGGUUUUGGGACCUUGUACUCGAGUUACGAGGGA